GUCGGCUCUCGAAGGAUGAUCGACAAGCGCCUCUUCAAGCCCGUCAAGGUCUUCUCGAUCGGUCUCUGCUCUGCGAUCGCGGUCAAGCUCGUGCUCUUCACCGAGUACAAGACGCCCAUGGGCCUGCCGCAGCAAGACCACUGCUUCUCCGCGCUGCAACGCUACACGCAGGACCAGCUCGACAAGUUCUUCAAGGUCGACGACCUCGGCAAGACGACCAAGGAAUAAGCCGCGGGAUGUACAAGCAAAUGUCUAUUCUUCCU